GAUCACCUAUACACCAUUUACAACCAAAAUAGUAUACUUCUUUUCCUACUGAUUUUCUCUCUCUUGCAAUUAUUCAUCUAACUUAUCAACCCCACAAUUGUACUACCAUUUUAGCUUUUUUUGCUCAUAUAGGUACAUCUCUUUGAUAACAUAUUCAAUAUGCAAAUGAGCCAUUCAUCUUAUGUUGUAUAUAAUAGCUGUACCAAAAACAUGAUUAUUGAAGAUAGCCAAAAAGACCAACAUGUGCAAGAUGAUAGCCCUGGGAGUAGCAAUACAGCUGAUACUUCAGAUGACCUCAGUUUCCGGAAUCUGUCAAAGCUCAUUCUCCCUCCACUUGGUUCCAAUGGGUACAACCAGAAUCAAACUCAGGAGAAAGGCUUUAUCAUCACUCCAAUGGAUACAAGAUACAGAUGUUGGGAGACAGUAAUGGUAAUAAUGGUGGCGUAUUCAGUAUGGGUUUGUCCAUUUGAGAUAGCAUUCACGCACUCCAACCCAAACACAACGCUAUACAUCAUCGACAACGUUGUGGAUGUCUUCUUUGCUGCUGAUAUCUUCUUGACUUUCUUCGUUGCCUAUAUUGAUGAUACAACUCAGCUCCUUGUACGUGACAGGAAAGAAAUUGCUAUAAGAUACUUAUCAACAUGGUUUAUAAUGGAUGUGGUCUCAACCGUACCAUUUGAUCUUUUUGCCUUGUUGCUCACUGGCAAACACCAAGUCGGCGUUUCUUACUCCGUUCUAGGAAUGCUCAGAUUCUGGCGUCUUCGCAGGGUCAAACAAUUUUUUACCAGGCUAGAAAAGGACAUGAGAUUCAGCUACUUUUGGGUCAGAUGUGCCAGGCUUCUAUUUGUAACACUAUUAACAGUUCACUGUGCUGGAUGCCUCUACUAUUUGCUAGCUGAUAGAUAUCCACACCAAGGAGAUACUUGGUUAGGAGCUAUGAAUCCAAAUUACAAGGAGACAAGUCUUUUGAUUAGGUACAUUGCAGCUCAAUAUUGGUCCAUGACCACCAUGACAACUGUUGGCUAUGGUGACUUUCAUGCUGUCAACACUUUGGAAAUGGUCUUCAUCAUUUUCUACAUGCUUUUCAAUCUUGGCCUCACUGCUUAUAUAAUUGGUAACAUGACCAAUUUAGUCGUCCAAGGAACUCGUCGUACCAUGGAAUUCAGGGAUAGCAUCCAAGCAGCAUCGAAUUUCGUUUGUCGAAAUCGUUUGCCUCCAAGAUUAAAAGACCAAAUAUUGGCUUACAUGUGUUUAAGAUUCAGGGCAGAGAGCCUAAACCAGCAGGAAUUGAUUGAACAACUUCCUAAGAUACUCUGCAAGAGCAUCAGGCACCAUUUGUUUUUGCCAACAGUGGAGAAAGUUUAUCUUUUCAAGGGUGUCACAAAGGAAAUUCUGUUACUUUUGGUUGUAGAUAUGAAGGCAGAGUACAUACCACCAAGGGAGGAUGUAAUAAUGCAGAAUGAAUCGCCAGACGAGUUGUACAUCAUAGUAUCAGGAGAGGUGGAAAUGAUUGAGUCUGAAUUGGAGAAUGAGCAGAUUGUUUGGACUUAUAAAUCUGGAGAUAUGAUAGGAGAAGUAGGAGCAUUUUGUUGCAGGCCUCAGAGCUACACGUACCGAACCAAGACACUUUCACAGCUCUUGAAGAUAAGAACACGUAAUUUGAUUGAAGCAAUGAAAACCAGACAAGAAGAUAAUAUCAUCAUGAUCAAGAACUUCCUUCAGCAUCACAAGAAGCUCAAGGGCUUAAGGCUAGGAGAUUUAUUUCAUGAAGUUAAGGAAGAAAAUGGUGACCUAAACAUGUCUGUCAACUUGCUAAUUGUUGCUAGUACAGGUAAUGCUACUUUCCUUGAUGAACUACUCAAGGCAAGAUUAGAUCCUGAUAUCGGAGACGCUCAAGGAAGAACCCCACUGCACAUUGCAGCAUCGAAAGGGCACGAAGAGUGUGUUAUGGUGCUUCUUAGACAUGGAUGUAACAUAUACCUUCAAGAUGUAAAUGGUCACACAGCGCUGUGGGAAGCUAUAGCAGCAAAACACCAUUCAACUUUUCGCGUAUUGUACCAUUGGGCUUCCGUCUCUGAUCCCUAUGUUGCUGGUGACCUCUUAUGCACAGCAGCUAGGAAAAAUGACUUAACAGUGAUGAAAGAACUCCUAAGACAAGGAUUACAAGUUGACUCAAAAGAUCGCGAUGGAUCAACUGCUAUUCAUGUUGCAUUGGAAGAAAAUCAUAAAGACAUGGUAAAGCUACUUCUAAUGAAUGGAGCUGAGAUUGAUGAAAAGUUAAAGUACAAGCUUAAUUCGAUGAACCUAAGUGGGAUGCUGCAAAAACGUGAAGUAGGACACAGGGUUAUGGUCCCCGACACAAUGGAUGAAGUUGCUCAAAAGUGGCGCGAACAAGAGCAGAAGUACAAACCGGAAAGCACUAGCAAUCAAUCGUCUUUUAGAGUUGGCAUAUACAGAGGCCAUCCCGUGAUCAGGACAAGAACUCAUUGCAGUGAACCUGGCAAAUUAAUUAUGCUUCCAAAUUCACUUGCAGAGCUCAAGAUCAUUGCAGGUCAGAAAUUUGGAUUUGAUGCAACAAACACAUCGGUGACGGAUCAAGACGGAUCAGAAAUUGACUCUAUUGAAGUGAUAAGAGAUAAUGAUAAGCUAUUUAUAGUUGAAGAUCCAAACUAUUUGUAGCAAUACCUAUUAUGACACUUAAGAAGUGUAUAUUCACAUGCACAGCUUGCUAUAUAUCACUAAAGCACUCAGAAGAGAAAUGUAUAGUGGACAUUCAGUCCUUCCCAAUUUGUGUGGCAUAUUGAGCACUAAGUUAUUAAAACAUCCAACCAAUUCCCUA